AUGCAUGCGCCUGUGUGCUUUCUCCAGGCUGCAGGGAGUGGUGGAACGCAGGGAUCCAUCGUUGAAGACAUGGCUGCGGAGCGAGUGAUGGGGGUACUUGUUGAUGCGGUCAAAGAGGCGGUGCUGGCAGCUGUGAGAGAGGAGCUUGCUGCACACAAGGAGGACGUGGAUGAUUUGGGGCGCAUGUUGACUGCUGUGGGGGAGGGGAAUGAUGUGACUGCUGCUGUGGAGAAGGAGAGGGAGAGGGAGUUGGCAGCAGUGAAGGGGGUAUUGGAAGCGGUGAAAGGGGGUUUGGCAGCAGUGAAGUGGGAGGUUGCAUCAGUGAAGGGGGAGUUUGCAGCAAUGAAGGGGGAGGUUGCAUCAUUGAAGGGGGGGUUUGCAGCGGUGAAGGGGGAGUUUGCAGCGGUGAAGGGGGAGUUUGCAGCGGUGAAGGGGGAGUUGGUAGCAUUGAAGGGGGAAGUUGCAGCAGUGAAGGGGGGAUUGGCAGCAGUGAAGGUUGAGUUGGCAGAACACAAGGAGCAAUGGGCUGAAGGUAGUAGGGCAUCGUAUGUAUGGGGCGUGAGAGGGGAGAGUAGAAGGAGAAGGCACGAAAUGGCAGCGGAGUUUGCAUGGGAGGAGGAGAGUAGGAGGGAGGUGCAGGAGUUGAGUUGGGACAUGCCAUGGAGGAGUUGGCAGCCUGCAACGAUUGGCAGAGGACACAAGAUCUGA